AUCACAAAAUGAAAUCGUGCUUAUCAUACUUGCACAAAUAAAGUGUGUUGCAUAACCUAGAACAAUAGAACAUGGAUUAAGGCUUAACAUUUAAGCAUAAUUAGACAUAAAAUUUGUGUUCUAAUAUAGUUUGAAUUAUAAAAAGUAUUGGGUGCGUUGGAUAAGGAAAUUAGGAAGAAGAGUAGUGAGGAAGGAAAGGAAAGGAAAGGAUUAUAAGAGAGUAGAUGGAUAGAUGAAGUAAGGAUGAAAGAAGAGGAAGGUGUGCGUGCGUGCGUGGGUUGAGUUAAAUAAAUAGACGCAGUGGUGUGGGUGUGAGUGGUUUAAGAUGGAGUUCCAUCGCAGCGACUCGUCAUCAUCGCCGUGUUCCUCGGCAGCCACAGCCACACCGCAGGCCCAAUCAGACCCAAUGCACUCGUGGUGGGAGUCAGUGUCGAAAGCACGGUCACGCAUCCACGCCCUGGCAGCCCUGCUCCCGUCCUCCUCGUCCUCCUCCCUCGCCUCCCUGGCAGACUCGGACCGCCCCGCCCUCUCCCUCCUCUCCUCCCCCGCAGCCUACGACGCCCUCUCCGCCUCCCUCCAGGGCUCCCACGCCGCCCCCCUCUGCCACUGGCUCUACGACACCUUCCUCUCCAACGACCCCCACCUCCGCCUCGUCGUCCUCUCCUUCGUCCCCCUCCUCGCCGGCCUCUACCUCUCCCGCCUCCACUCCCCCGACCCCCCCUCCCUCGCCGGCUUCGAAGCCCUCCUCCUCGCCCUCUACGCCGCCGAGACCAAAUCCCGCAACGGCAAGCCCCUCCUCGUCACCAUCCCCGACCUCUCCCACCCCUCCAUCUACCACGCCCCUCUCCGCAAACCCCAAUCCCAAUCCCAAUCCCAAUCCCCCUCCCUAGGGCUAAUCUCCCCCCCUCUGGAACCCCAACUCGGCGUCAAAUCCACCAAACGCCCCACCAUCGUCGGCGUCGCCCUCCACUCCUUCUUCUCCCAGAUCUCCCACAUGCCUGCCUGGUCCAAGCUCCACUUCUGCCAAUUCGCCGCCGCUUGGGCCGGCGCCAACUGCCCCUGCCGCAACGACCUCGACCUCGACCAAACCCUACCUUUCGAUAACGUUAACAUUCUCAUCCGCGACGAUCCUCAACCUCAGAGGAUUCCUCUUCCCUGGGAGAUUCUCCAGCCCUCGCUCAGAAUCCUCGGCCACUGCCUUCUCGGCCCGUUGAACUCGCAGGACGUGAAGGACGCUGCAGCGUUCGCGGUGCGCUGUCUCUACGCGCGCGCCUCCCACGAUUUGCUGCCGCAGGCUAUACUCGCUACCAGGAGCCUCAUUCAGCUUGAUGUCAGGGCCAGAGAGGCUGCUAAGGAUAACGCUGCUUCCUCCAACGCCAACACGCCUACCAAGGUUAAGAAGCCUGAGAUUCUGUUGGUUUCCAAGUGAGGUUGCUGCUGGUGUGUACUAUAUAUGGUCCUGCCUCUUCUGUACCUCUUCAUACUGUAAGCUGAUUUCGUGCUUGUAUAAUAGAAUCUUCAUAGCUGUUCAUUUUUGUUUUUGGUUCAUUUAGGUUAUACAGGUAUAUUUAUUUUUUUAUUUUUGAAUUUUUUUUUCCUACCGAGUGAUUAGGUAGCUGUAUUAUUCAGUAUUGACGGUCUCUUCAUUGAAUUAUGAUGUGUGUGUGUGUGUGUUGCGUGCACACUUGUUUGAUUAUAAUCGUGCAGUUUUCCUGUGGUGUGGUGUGGUGUGGUGUGGUGUGUUGGGCUUCUUAUGGCUUUGAAUUGUUGUUGUACUUUGUGGAGAUUGAGGAAAUUGAAUGGGGUGUUCUGAAUGA